GAUACAUAAUUAGUUAAAUUUUUUAUAAUUAUAGACAUUUUUGUAAAUAAGAUUUAUGUUAUUUUCUCUCUCUGUAUAUACUCUCUUUUGUUAAAUUACAUCUACCGUAUAAAAAUAUAAAAUAAAAUAAAAGAUUUACUCCAAAAUAUUGCCCAAACGAACAUCGCUCUAGUCUCAAUUUUUCUGUUGAUAAAAAUACUCCAAAAUCCUUCCGAUCGCCGGCCGCCGCAUCUCCGCCGCGUGGCCGCCGGCAAUUUCGGUUCUUCGUUAUUUCGGAAGGGGAAGGGAUGAUAACGAGAUCGAAACUAGCAGAGCAAUUGAGAGAGUAUCAGAUUAAAUCGAAACAUGAUUGGGCAUCUGUUUCAUUUUUCUCAUCUACCUCUAAUUUAACAUCCACAAGGGUGGAUGUCGUCAUCUUUGUGAUAUGGGAACUGGUUAUUUUAGCGUUCCUGGUUUUCUCUGCUGUAUCACUGUACUUCAGGCAUCUAAAGCUUGCUUUUAUUUUAGUAUGUGUGACCUUGUUAUUGCUUUUGUGCAUGAAAAUAGCAAAGAAAGUAAGAUCAGCUCGGAAAAAGAAGCGAAGGAUGCUUCUCCCUUUAUCCAUGUAGCAAAGGAUGCUUCUCCCGUUAUCUAUGUAGAGAGGUGUAGGAUGCAAGAAUUCUUUUACAACGGGGACCGACUCUUUUUCCUGUAAAUUAAGAGAAAUAUCUUACUGCUAUUUUGUUGUUUCUUUGGUACCUUCUUUUGUUUCUUUAAUACGUAAUGGCAUUAGAGGCAAGCUGAUUAAAUGUUAUGGGAUAAUUUCAUAGUAGAGCUAUUUCUUCCGCUCCCAUACUGCAAACUUAACUGCUGGUGAUGUUGCUUCUUGUUGGUUUUAACCUUCAUAUUAUGAAAUUUCAUAUAGCUUGUUUUUGUUGCUUA